UCCCUCAGACACAGCAGAUCACAGAUCCACGGAAAGAGCCGAAGAUGUCGGCUCGGUCAUGUGAUCAGCUUUGUCCAAUCACAACGGAUCACAUGGAACAUGUACACUGAUCAUCAGGGCACUGAUGAUCAGUGUGCCCUGAUGAUCUGUGUAGCCCCAGCAGUGCCACCUGUCAGUGUCCAUCAAUGCCAGCUGUCAGUGCUCAUUCAUGCCACCUGCCAGUGCCCAGUUUCACAUUUCAGUGCCCAUCAGUGCCACACCAAUGCCACAUAUCAGUGCCCAUCUGAGCUGCCUUUCAGUGUCACCCAUCAAUGCCAGUCAGUGCCACCUAUCAAUGCUGCCAAUCAGUGUGCCGCCUAUCAGUGCUAGUCAGUG